GCGCUCGUUGAGGACGCCAGUCGUGUUCUUUUCGUCAUAUCAUUUCAAGAAGUGUCACGUGCGCCUCCGGUCGCUCAUGUGACCUGGUGGUUCGGACCAAUCGGGUGGCAGAGUUUGUCCUGGGCAGAGCGAAAGGAAGAGGGGAAAAAAAUAUAUUUUCCCUGUGCGAUUUUUAAUCUUGCAACGCUGAAACUGGUCAUCAUCUGUCGCGUCCUGUGCAACAUAAAGGUGACCGGUUGGCUGACUCCACCAUCACACUGGCCCUCGAACUCCUCUCUCACGUGACCACGCCCCUUAUUCCUUCACAUCCAAUCCUGAACAUGGAGCCCAUCAAGGUCCAAUCAGAAGGUGGACUGAAUGUGACCCUCACCAUCAGGUUGCUGAUGCACGGCAAGGAGGUGGGAAGCAUCAUAGGAAAGAAAGGAGAAACGGUGAAGAAGAUGCGCGAAGACAGCGGUGCCCGGAUCAACAUCUCAGAGGGGAACUGCCCCGAGCGGAUAGUCACCAUCACCGGGCCGACAGAUGCCAUUUUCAAGGCCUUUGCCAUGAUCGCCUACAAGUUUGAGGAGGAUAUUAUCAACUCCAUGAGCAACAGCCCAGCCACCAGUAAACCCCCCGUCACCCUGCGGCUCGUCGUCCCGGCCAGCCAGUGCGGCUCCCUCAUUGGCAAGGGAGGCUCCAAAAUCAAAGAAAUGAGAGAGUCCACAGGGGCUCAGGUGCAGGUUGCAGGUGACAUGCUCCCCAACUCCACCGAGCGGGCGGUGACGAUCUCAGGGGCGCCAGAGGCCAUCAUUCAGUGUGUCAAACAGAUAUGUGUGGUGAUGCUCGAGUCCCCACCGAAAGGUGCCACCAUCCCCUACCGCCCCAAGCCUGCCUCCACCCCUGUCAUUUUUUCAGGUGGCCAGGUAAGAGCGGACCCACUGGGGGCGUCCACAGCCAACCUCAGCCUCUUACUGCAGCACCAGCCACUGCCUGCUUAUACCAUUCAAGGACAGUACGCCAUCCCCCAUCCAGACCAGUUGAGCAAGCUCCACCAGUUGGCUAUGCAGCAAACCCCCUUUACCCCCCUCGGACAGACCACCCCUGCCUUCCCCGCAGCAGGUCUGGAUGCCAGUAACCAGGCCAGUACUCAUGAACUCACCAUUCCCAAUGAUCUAAUAGGCUGCAUAAUCGGACGCCAGGGAACCAAAAUCAACGAGAUCCGUCAGAUGUCUGGGGCACAGAUCAAAAUUGCUAACGCCAUGGAAGGGUCAUCGGAGCGCCAGAUCACCAUCACAGGGACCCCCGCCAACAUCAGCCUGGCCCAGUACCUCAUCAAUGCAAGGUUCAGAGACGUGGCGGCCAUGUGGAACGACCCAUCUUCCAUGACCACAUCCUGAGAUCCCUGACUGGCUCCUCCGUUCGGCCCCUUCCAAUGACUGACUACUGCAGACAACCCCUUCGGACUCUGGCUCUGGCUCUCCGAGAAAAAAACACGACCACCUUCCCCUGCCCCGGCUCAAAGUUCUUUAUACACCCGGGGAGUGUUGGGUGCUCACUUUUAUUUCAGAGAGCCAAAUCAAAAAAGAAUUACAUAAAAAAAAAAAAAACAAUUACAAAAAAGAAAUUCUCUGUUGAUUAGUUUUUUUUUCGUCUUUUUUUUUUUUUAGACUACUGUUGAAGCAUGUUGAAUGUUUAUUAGAAACAACUUGUGUUAAUCUUUCUUUCUUCUUUCUUCUAUCUAUCGCUCUCUUUUCUCUUUCUCUCUCUCUCUCUGUCAGUGCUGCGUCAUAGAACAUCAUUUUAAAGUAUAAAGACGUACUCGUAAAAAAAUGUUUUUUUUCGUAGAACGUAGUAUAUUUCGCAUAUUACUCAGCUGCUCAGUGAUGCUAUCGGAAGAGCGUGUGGUGGGAUGUAGCCCAAUGAUCAAAUUCUGAUAACAUAUAUUUUGAAGACGGAAAAAAAACAUAAAAACAUUUGGAUUGUUUCUGCGUUUUGUCCCGAUUUGCAUCUGUGUCUACUCACGAAUCCAAUCUCUACCCGUGACUCUUCGCUGCAUCACGUGACCCUUUUGAGCCAAUGGUAUCACUCCUAGAGCCUCCCUCCUCGCGUUCAUUUCCUGUAUUUACAUUAUUGCUUAUAUUGCAUGUGUUCAGUGUCGUAUCAUUGUGUAUUCGAUGAAAGCCUGUUCAGUGUACACGACGUUGUUAUUAUAUAUCUCUGUGCUCCUUUUUCUUUUCCCCAAAACUUUUCUCAGCAUCUUUGGCCACUCACGUCGAGUCCUACUCCCUUGCCCAGGCGAACAACUUUUUCCGACACAGCCUCCUGUUAUCAAUACCGAUUAUUAGUACAUAGAUGCAUGAAUGGGAUUUGGUGAAGUAUCAGUGGCAAAAAACACUGACUGGAAAAAUUUAAAUGAUUGUUUUACUAACUUAUUAUUAUACUUGUAUUUGUUUUGUACAAGGACUACGCGGCGCUCAUGCAAUAGACUAUUCUACACUUUACUCUGGACUUGCCUCCGAUGUUGGAGGAAUUAGAUGGACAUAAAAAGCCAAAACCUUUUUAGCUUCCUUCCCUUGUGCCGAAAAGUAUUCUCUCGGUUGCCUGCAGAAAAUAAAAAAAGUAAAGAAUAAUUUCCCGGUCCUUGUGGAGGCUUUUCGAGAAAAAAACGAAAAACAAGGGAAAGAAGCUGAAUGGUAUUUUUUUGGGGCGAAGGAAUGUUCAGGGGGUUCAUUGGGGGGGGGGGGGGGGGGAACCCACGGGGUCUGGGCGGACGUGACCACUCAGUCUCUUUUUCACGAUUGUUCAUCUCGUCAUGUUCUUUAUUCGUCGUCACGCGGUUGAUUUGAUACUUUCGGUUUGAAUGUCUUUUUAUUGUCACGACCAUGUCGGCAACUUUAAUUGUUUUUUAUUUCGAAAAAAAAAAGGGAAAGAAAAAGAAAAAAACGAGUUUCAGCUGAACCAGCGCGCGCUUUAUUCAUGGGUUCGGUGAUGCACAUGUGACAUUUUUCGAAACUCGAGCUAAGUUUGUUUUUGUUGUACGGUGUAUUUUGAUUUGAGAGGGAGGUGAGCACGAUAUUUGGUACUGUCGAGUGUGUCAACCCUCACCACGCUUAUUCUACUCAUGAGGAUGCUCUAAGUAAUAUUUGAUGGCUUCUCGCUCCCGGGCUUCGGCUGAGCUCAAUUCAGUGUUUGGCGCAUACAAACAGCUGUUGAAUGUUAUUGUCGAGAUCACGUUAGCUACUGUCCAACACAGCAACAUUCUACAUUUUCGUCAUACACACCUACUGACCCCGUUUUAUUCGUUUUGUUUCUGAAUAGUCGAUAAAAAGUUGGACAUUUUAAGAGAUAUGCUUUGUUGCUUUCUUGCUUUGGGAUGGACGAGACAAUUCAUACCACGCUCAUGUGUGAACGGUGAAUACAACUCAGGGUAUGGACUGAAAAAAGGGGGGGGGGGGGUAGCUGAAGCAAAUUCAACGUAUUUGCCAAAAAUGUCCUGGUUUUUUUAUUUUCAUUUGCGAUCUUAAGCGCUUUUAAUGGCAUAAAUGUGAUCAUGUAAAUGGACCAAAUGCUGUAUCAGUAUACUGAACGAUGCAUAGUCGAUGAUUAUUCUGCAAUAAUUCUUACAUUUUGAUGUGAACUCGAGUAGAAGUGCUAGCAUUGAAAUUUACAAAAUAGGUGUUUCUCUUUUAUUUAUUUUGUUGAGUUGUCGUAGCUUGUACUUCAAUGGGAAUGUUUGUCAAAUCAACAAGCUGAAAUUAUGUUUUUUUUGGGGGGGGGGGGGGGGGGGCAAACUUGCUUUAUAGAACAGUUGGCUAAUACCUAAGAGGAAAUUCUUUCCGAAUUACCCACACAAUGUAACAGUGAAGAACAUCCUCAAGGGUAUUAUGGCUUUUUUAUAUAACUGUUACAGUGCAUGUGUACUAUUGAGAUGUCUGCAGAAAACAUGGAUAAUGGUUAUUAGCGCAGCCGACGUGUGCACUUGGCAAAUUAUUGUUGUAUAAUAUGAUAUUUGAUCGCUAAAGCAGGAGCGUCGAGUUGUAAGUGAUGGCAGUGUGAUUUUUCAAUGACAUCAGUAUUCAUGUUACUCAGUGUUUGAAAACCGUAUUUACAUUUGUGUCUAGGCUAAACGCCCGCGUAUACUACGACUUUUGAUCAAACUGCAACUAAUGCAAUAAUAGGGUGCAAUGUGCAAUUAUGUAUUCCGUUACUUAGUUGUUAGCGUAGAUUCAUGGGAGCUGUGUGUAGCUUUGCUGGAAUUUUUUCAUUUCAUUUGGACCACUUUCCAGGUGGCAGCAACAGCAGGAAAAAAAAAAAAAGAA